CAUGUAAAUGAAUGGAUUGGUGAGAUCAAUCCUUUUCUAAACUGUGCUUCUUCCUUGUCAUGUUUGCCUUGCUAAAUGUCUUAUCUAACCAGAAAGCUUCUUUCUUACUCUACAGCUGUUCCUUGUGUGAUUAAUUUCCAUUUUUUUCCCUCACAUUUUCAGUUUGGAUCUCAAACAUUGAGCACUUCAGCAAAACAAACUGUCUGAAAAAUAAAAAAACUUCGCAGUAACCUUGAGCUAUUAUUUAAUAAAAUCUAAACUCUAUUGAGUUUUAAACAAACAAUUUCUAAAUUGCAUUUAUUUUAUAAACUAUAAAAAUUGAGAUGGUAAGAGAUAUUAAUUCGGGUAAAAUUGAAACUACAGGGAUCAAAAUGAAAAUCAACCGACACAUAGAUAACUUGUUCCAUGUGUGUGGAUGAGUUAGAAAAAGCCCCACCCGGUUGGAUAACAUUCAAUAACUUAAAUUCCCAAAUUUUAGUUUAAGACUCAAACCCACACAAUAAAUCAAACAUCAAGCAACUAAUUGAUUUAGUUUUUUAUUUCAAUAAAAUUUUGAUAAUAGAAUUUUUGUAAAACAGUUUUAUGAAAUAUCCUCGCAUGGCAUUAGAUAUUCUAGUGCAAGUUGAGAUUGACUGUGUUCAAACUUGCUGAUGGAUAAUUAAUACGAGCUAUCGAGGAAGCUUAAUUUGUCUGCCAAAAAUGGCAGUUGAACUGCACCAAGACAUCCUGAAUCUCCAUUAGCUUCUUCUUCAAACAUCAAUUGUGAAUUGUGAUCGAUCCACACUCCUCCAACCUCUCCCAACUCCCAAACUCCCUUUCUCUCCUAUAAAUCACCACUCUCUUCCCAAUUCCCCGAACUGUUAUCUCUCAAAUCUCAAUCGACUAUGGAAGGACUUCCCACUUACUGCUUUCCUCCUCUCGACACUAACAAUCAGCACACAGUAGCUGCAGUUGGUGCUGAUCUCGAUCACUGGCCGGCCUUGCUAGCUCAACUACUCCAGCCACCGCCGCCGCCGCCGCAGCCGGGGCUAUUAAUAUCCGACGACGGUGCUGCGAGGGAGGGGAAGGAGAAAGGGAAGAGAAAAGGAAACAAGAAGAUCAGUGAAGAGAAGCCGAGGUUUGCAUUCCGGACCAGGAGUCCCGACGACAUACUCGACGAUGGCUACCGGUGGCGCAAGUACGGCCAGAAAGCAGUCAAGAACAGCUCGUUUCCCAGAAGUUACUAUCGAUGCACGCACCACGCAUGCAACGUGAAGAAACAAGUCCAGCGUCUCUCUAAGGAUACGAGCAUCGUCGUGACUACCUACGAAGGAAUUCAUAACCAUCCAUGCGAGAAGCUAAUGGAGGCUCUUGCUCCUCUGCUCAAGCAGCUCCAGUUCCUCACAGGCUUGUAAUCAUCGUUCAAGGUUGAUUAGUUCCUUAACAAAUCAAGAACGUAUAAGAUGUAAAUAGUAUAUAUAUAUAUACACACACACAACCCACGCACACACAACAUACAUAAACAUACAAUAUACAUAAAGUUCUGCAUUGU